GCCGGGCUGCGCUGACCCGGAGGUGAACGCAGGGGGCGGCCGGUGUCCUCUGGCCCAUGUGCGCGCUGCCGGGCGGGCGGUAUGGCCGAGGCUCAGCAGAGCAGGAUGCAGGAGGCCAUCGACAGCAUGGUGCAGGGGCUGGAGCGGGAGAACAUCCGGAAGAUGCAGGGUAACAUGUUUCGGUGCAGCGCCGACUGCUGCGAGAAUGACAUGGCCUCCAUGCAGCAGGUGCACCAUUGCAUCGAGCGCUGCCACGCACCCCUGGCCCAGGCCCAGGCCGUCGUCACCAAAGAGCUGGAGAGGUUUCAGGACCGUUUGGCUCGCUGCACGAUGCACUGUAAUGACAAAGCCAAAGAUUCCCUGGAUUCAGGGCGCAAGGAGCAGCAGGUGAAACAACAGCUGGAGAGCUGCGUGACGAAGUGCGUGGACGAUCACGUGCAUCUCAUCCCCAGCAUGACCAAGAAAAUGAAGGAGACUCUGGCAGCCAUUGCACAAUAAAGCUGUGUCUGUUUGGGGAGAGAGAGGGAGACGUGUAGUUCCUAUUAAAAGAGAGACGUGCACACGGAGA